AUGUUUUCCGCUGGACGUCGCAGCAUCCUCGAUGGACUCAAUCGGCGGUACAUCUACGGUCGUUUGCCACUGCUUCAUACGAUAAUCUUCCUUAUCGAGAUGGCGGCGGCAACGCGGCUUGCCGCCAAAUUCAACUCCUACUAUUCGGAGAAGCCAGUCCUCACUACUAUGGUCACCAAUGCGAUCUUGGGUGGGAUUGCAGACACCGUCGCACAGCUAAUCACAGCUGUCAGAGCCGGCUCCGGACGCAGGUCGUCGAAUGGCGGGGAUUUCAUCUCGAUUGAGAUUCAUGACCUUGACAAGGAGAAGCCGCCCGCUCUCGGGGAGCUGGGCCACGCGAGGCACGCAGCCCCGGCUUUCGACUUUGAGCGCCUCACUCGUUUCAUGUCGUACGGCUUCUUCAUGGCCCCGCUUCAAUUCCACUGGUUCGGCUUCUUGUCUCGCGCUUUCCCGCUCACGAAGAAGAACCCGAGUAUUCCGGCCUUGAAGCGGGUUGUUUGCGAUCAGCUUAUCUUCGCUCCUUUUGGUCUGGCGUGCUUCUUCACAUUCAUGACGGUCGCUGAGGGGGGUGGACGCCGGGCGUUGUCGCGCAAGUUCCAGGACGUGUACCUGCCCACUCUGAAGGCCAACUUCGUUCUCUGGCCUGCCGUCCAGGUCCUGAACUUCCGUGUUGUCCCCAUCCAGUUCCAGAUUCCGUUUGUGUCCUCCGUUGGUAUCGCCUGGACUGCGUACCUGUCGUUGACCAACUCUGCGGAACAGGAGUGA